UUUGAAGAAAUAAUACGUCACGAUAUGUUAGAUCUUUUCACUAUAUUUUCUAAAGGAGGCAUCGUUCUUUGGUGUUUUCAAGGAACAUGCCAAUCCUUUACACUUCCAGUCAAUGAACUCAUUCGCAGUGUUAUUUUACAGGAACGUGGAGGGAGCAAUUCAUUCACCCACGGCUCUCUAACGCUGAAAUAUAAACUCGACAAUGAGUUUGAAUUGGUGUUUGUUGUUGCAUUUCAGAAGACAUUACAACUGUCAUAUGUGGACAAACUACUGAAUGACAUCCAGCUAGAGUUUAGGGACAAAUACAAAGAUGAUCUUGAGGCAGGAAUUAUGAGGAAUUAUGAGUUCAAUGAAGAUUUCAACAGAUUGCUCAAAGAAGCAGAAUUAAGAAGCAAGUUAGAAGCGCAAGCCCCUGCAAAAAUGAGAACCUUUGAAGAAUCAAAGAAGUCACAGAAGACGGUGGCUUCACUCAAGAUUGACAAGAAUGAGAAGAAUAAAGAAAAUGGCAAAUCUGGAAAGAAAGGUGGAGCUAAGAACAAAAAGGCAGAGGUCAUGGAAGAAGUUGAUUCAAAGCCAUCUAAUGGAAAGACACCCUCAGCUGAAGGCAAAAAUGAUACCACAAAUGAGGAAAUGAUCAGAUUAAAUCGGGAAAAAUUCUUUAAGAAGAUGACGAAGGGUCCAACAAUCAGUAAAAGUUCACCAACAGCUACAGCCAAGAAAAAAAACAAGAAGGAGGACAGAAGGUGGGACAAUGCUGGAACUUCACAGGAAGGAAAGACCUUGGACUACAGCAACAGUAAUGGCAGCCACACUAAUGGAAAUGAUGAAGAAGAAGACCUUGAGAGUCUGCGACCCAUGGUUGGAACAAUGCAGGGUGAGAUAAAACCAAUGGAAUAUGAGUCUGAGUCAGACGAGGAGGAGGAAGAAGUCAGUAAGCCUGCUGAAGAGAGCAAGUCCUCUGGUCUUGGUGGAGGACUCUUCUCUUUCUUCAAAGGCUUGGCUGGGCAAAAGACACUUACUCUUGAUGACAUCAAUCCUGUUUUGGACAAGAUGAAAGAGCAUCUAAUUGCCAAGAAUGUCGCAGCUGAUAUUUCUGAGAAGUUAUGUGAUUCAGUGGCUACCAAACUGGAAGGCAAAGUGCUGGGAACAUUCAGUGGCGUAACAUCGACAGUGAAAGCAAGCUUGGAAGAAUCUUUGGUCCAGAUUUUGUCGCCACGAAGAAGAAUUGACAUCCUGCGUGAUGCAAUGGAUGCUAAGAAACGUGGAAAACCUUUUUCUAUCACCUUCUGUGGUGUAAAUGGUGUUGGAAAAUCAACCAAUUUGGCCAAGAUCUGCUUUUGGCUGCUUGACAAUGGUUUCCGUGUGAUGAUUGCUGCAUGUGACACAUUCCGUGCUGGAGCCGUCGAGCAGCUCAGGACUCAUGUCCGUCACCUUAACGCUCUUCAUCCCCCAGCAAGUGGCGGUGGACCUCCAUCUGUUCUGCUGUAUGAGAAAGGCUACGGUAAAGAUGCUGCUUCUAUUGCCAUGGACGCCAUCAAUUUUGCCAGGGAACAGCGCAUUGAUGUCGUAUUGGUUGACACCGCCGGAAGAAUGCAGGACAACGAGCCUUUGAUGCGAGCCUUGUCUAAAUUGAUCAAACUCAACUGUCCCGACCUGGUGCUGUUUGUCGGAGAGGCCCUGGUAGGGAAUGAAGCCGUAGACCAGUUAAAGAAGUUUAACCAGGCUCUGGCGGAUUUUUCAAUGUCUGAUAACCCCCGUCUGAUCGAUGGUAUUGUCCUCACCAAGUUUGACACUAUCGAUGAUAAGGUUGGUGCUGCUAUCUCCAUGACGUACACCACUGGCCAGCCGAUUGUGUUCGUGGGCACUGGGCAGACUUACAGCGACUUGAAGAGCCUUAAUGUAAAGGCCGUCGUCAAUGCUUUGUUGAGGCCCUGAGACUUGACAACUGAGUGAAAUUUUCGUCUUUUGAAGUGUAACAUCUUCCUUGGUUUUAAACAAACAAUCAUAAUAAGAUUUCCAGCUUUAGACUGAUAAUUUAGCAUUUGUUCAGUGUAAGGGAAAGAAUAACCAUUAGGGUGUGACGUCACCGGGAAUCAUAGAGUUUGUCCCAGGCUGGGUUUGAAAAAACAGGUCAAAUCAGUUAUUAUGAUGAACCAAACAAAGCCGUUUAUUACUGAUGUGAUUGUUUUUCCACUCUCCCACUCCUGGUUCCAAAAUUUUCUUCUUAGACAGAGGAGGACAACCGCAAAACCUUAGGAGAAAAAUUGAAAAAAACAAAGCUGGUCAAGAAGUGAACCAAGGAAAAAUGUUGCUCCCACCUUCUUUUAUUCGUCAGAGAAAAAAUGCAAGAAUAAUAUAAUAAUAAAAUUUAAAUUAUAAGUCAA